AUGGUCCACUCGCACACCUCCGAGAGCAGCCCCGCCUGCACCGGGCUCUGCGCCUGCGCUGAAAACCAUAGAGAGCGCCGGUCCGCCGCCGCCGCCGCCGCCGCCUGCGCCAAGGAGCACGCCAAGGUCAAGCUCUUCUGCCUCACCGACCGCGCCGUCGUCUGCUUCUUCUGCGACCAGCCCGCCCUCCACGAGCAGCACCAGGUCACCAGCCUGGACGAGGCCUGCGAGGAGCUCCAGCGAGAACUCAAGGAGCAGCUGCAGACGUUGCAGGACAGCGAGCGGGGCCACACGGAGGCCUUGGCGCUCCUCAAGCGCCAGCUGGCCGACACCAAGUCCUCAGCCAAGGGCCUGCGGGCCACCAUCGGAGAGGCCUUUGAGCGGCUGCACCGCCUCCUGCGGGAGCGCCAGAAGGCCAUGCUGGAGGAGCUGGAGGCGGACACGGCCCGGACCUUGACGGACAUCGAGCAGAAGAUCCAGCGCUACAGCCAGCAGCUGCGCAAGGUCCAGGAAGGGAGCCAGCUCAUCCAGGAGCGCCUGGCGGAAGCCGACAAGCACACCUUCCUGGCCGGCUUUGCCUCCCUCUCAGAGAGGCUGAAAGGGAAGAUCCACGAGACGAACCUGACCUACGAAGACUUCCCAACCUCAAAGUACAUGGGGCCCCUCCAAUACACCAUCUGGAAGUCCCUCUUCCACGACAUCCACCCAGUGCCUGCCACCCUCACGCUGGACCCGGCCACGGCCCACCAGCGCCUCAUCCUCUCCGAUGACUGCACCAUUGUGGCCUACGGCAACCUCCACCCGCAGCCGCUCCAGGACUCCCCCAAGCGCUUUGACGUGGAGGUCUCGGUUCUGGGCUCGGAGGCCUUUGGGGGCGGCGUCCAUUACUGGGAGGUGGUGGUCUCCGAGAAGACCCAGUGGAUGAUUGGCUUGGCCCACGAGGCCGUCAGCCGCAAGGGCAGCAUCCAGAUCCAGCCCAGCCGCGGCUUCUACUGCAUCGUCAUGCACGACGGCAACCAGUACAGCGCCUGCACCGAGCCCUGGACCCGGCUCAACGUCAAGAGCAAGCUGGAGAAGGUGGGCGUCUUCUUGGACUACGAGAAGGGCUUGCUCAUCUUCUACAACGCGGACGACAUGUCCUGGCUCUACACCUUCCGGGAGAAGUUUCCGGGCAAGCUGUGCUCUUACUUCAGCCCUGGGCAGAGUCACGCCAACGGGAAGAACGUGCAGCCACUCCGGAUCAAUACCGUCCGUAUUUAAGGACCGCUCCUGGAGAUGUUAUAGAGGAAGAGGAAACGGAGGAGCACCGUGCGGGUGGAAAGUCAGCCUACUUGACUUCUGUGGAUCUAAGGAGGGAGGGUGGAGCGAGCAAGACGACGGACAUCCAAUCGUCUUCACAGUCUGGAGCUCUUUGGGGGAGGGUUGAGGCGAGCAGAGGGGGGGCCUUGGAGCCGUGGGGCUGGCCAGUGAGAGAAGCUGGAGCGAGCCCCAUCGGGGCUUCUCGCCGAGGGUUUUGCAACAUUUGGGGGUUGGCCUUGAAGGGUUUACGUUGUGUUUGGUGGUGGUGCAACAGUGUUUAUCCGUGGCUUGGUGGCGCAGCAAAGGGCUUUGGGUUUCAGGUGGCAAACGGUGAACUUUCCCUGAUGGUUGAGUUGAAAUCCAUGUGGCACCGUGGUCAGGUCCGUGGGGGGUCUGUGCAUGUGCCCAUAAAGGUUCCACACCCCCCCAGAGGGAACAGAAUCUAUGCACCUUCGUCUGAACGCCUCUCUUGUCAGUCUUAUUUCUAGAUUCAAAGGUGGGGGAGGGGGAGCGAAGCGGGGAAGCCGAUAAACCAACCACAAAAAUAAAGGGAAGUUUGGACCCAUCUCUUCUCUCA